UCCAUCAUGGCAACUUCUUCAGUGACGCUGAUCGACGUUCUGAACAUAUCACUCCUUCUUGGGCAGAUUGCACCGUACCUUCCUGCCAAGAGCCUAAUUGAUCUAUCAAGCACAUCAAGACAGUUUCGGGGACUGAUUGCAAAUUCACCUGAGUCAUGGCGAUAUCUCAAUCUCACGACAGUGAGCUGUUCUCCGGCAGCAACAACAUCGACGGCACAGACGACCGACGAGGACAUGACCGAGGACGAUUACUACGCCGGACCUUUACGAGGAAUCUUCUCGAAGCUUCAUGAUCAAUCAAUCCUUCGAAAUGUGCACACGUUGGUACUCGACAGCAUGAGUGUACCCGCAGAUUUGAUUCGUGAGAUCGUGGCCGAAGACCGCUUCAAUGUCCGCAUUUUGAGCGUUCGCGAAGCUAAACAUUUGAACAUGUCCAAAUUGAAUCAGCUUUUACGCUAUAUUGUUCGGCCGACUCGAGCAGAGGGUACCCCAAAAUUGAAAGCGCUCUACGUGUUUGGGGCACGUUCGGCUCGAAUGGUGACUGCCCGUGUUACUCCUCGUGAAGGCUUUCUGGGAGUCAUGAGCUCAGCAGGGGCGCAAAUUGGUGCAGAGCAUUCUCGUGAAGUUUCGAAGACCACGGGGCUAAGAAUCGCGCACGAAGAAGAUCUGUGGUAUGGCGACACUGGACGGGUUCUCAAGCGACCGCUUUCGGAUUGGCCCGAGACGCUUCAAGUCUGCAAAGGUCUGAUUCAAUUCGACGCAGUGUUGUGUAGAGGUCCGCGACACGACAUCACGAAAGUCGAGAGCAAAGAUUUCCUACAACCUACCAUCGCCACUGUUGCACUCAGUCCACAUGGAUGCGAGACGUGCCAAUCCUGUCCCGAGGGUCCUGCAGUGUUCGGCAAAAGUGACAAUACUGCUUUCCCUCUUCUCGGACCUGCACCUCUACACUCGUCUAACGUCCGUGCUGCGAUCCGACCAAUUCCUGGUGGGAGAGGCAACUUUCCUAAGAUGAUUCUGCGCUGCGAAGAUUGUCUUCGCGAUCGUUGGUGCGAGCAGUGCAACCACUUCUGGUGCGAAGAUUGCUACUCUUUACCGAAUACACGGAGUAUUUCAAUCUCCACUUUCGACCAACAAUCUCCGAACACCACUGAUGGAACAAAUUCAGCCGAAACGCAGCUUCCAGGUCAAACCACAAAGGUAUUCUCCCGCCUCUGUGUUGAAAACUGCCUUGUUAUGGAAAUGAUGAGUGGCGCCGGGAGCAAUGGCAUGUGGGGUUGA